GUCUUGUUUUCGUUUUACGCGCUUCUCUUUGCACACCCCCAUGCGCCGCGGCGAAACCGCAUGCGGCGUUUCGGACUGCACUUCGCCAUUGGUGUGGUGUGGCUCCCGGCGGCUUUGGGCUCAGGUGCAGACUGCGAGGCGGUGCGGCGAGCGUGGCAGCAUGCGGCCCAGAGCGGCCUGCACUUCUACGCGGACGGUUCCAGCACUGGCGCAGCGCUCACGGAGCCCCGGGACCAGCGCGCCAGGAAGGCGCAAGAGGCGCUCGCCGAAGGUGUGGCAGCGCUCUCCCGUCUGGACGACUUCGAGGAGGUCUGCGUGGGGAUUGCAGAACACCCGGAGGCAGCCCGGACUUCUCAUAGGCUCUUCCUCUUGCUGCUGCAGUCCCGGGAGGAGGGGCGGAGCCUCUUGGCGGAGGGCCUACCUCUGGAUGAGGAGCUGUCGUUGCUGGACGGCCAGACGCCUUGGUCCGAGCUCCUCCACUCAGGCUGGCCGGUGUUCUUGCUGGCAGCGGCGGUGGAGAUGGAGUUCCGUGACCCGCCGACCCAAAGUCUGCACGCGCAGCGCCUCUACCGCCAGGAGCCUUCGGAGGGCUGCCGCGAGGACCAGGAGGUCUUGCACCAAGUCACCAUGCUCUACGCAGCAGAAGGUCGCACCGCCCGGAUCAUGGACCUGCGCCACUUCUUGCGCCAGGAGGUCGAGGGCAAUCCCGACGUCAUGGCGGGGCCCGAGUUCCUCCUGGACCUCGCCGCUGGCCAGCCGAGGGCGCCCGACACCUGCCGAGCCGCCCUCAGCGUGGCCUACGCGGCGCUGGCGGAUGCGCUGCAGUGCCACUGGCGGCGCCCGCGGUCGCGGCGCAUGCACGAGCUUGCGGACGCCGCAGUGAACAACGCGCAAGAAGGCGCGCUGGCAGCCUUCGGCUCUGGGCCGGCGGCCUUCAGUGCGCUGCUGCGCUCGCGCUGGCCGCUGCUCAGCUUCUUAGGGCGGCUGCAGCCGAGGCCGCUCACUCCGCCCGUUUCCCCGCCCGCGGUGGUGUCCUGGUCCUCUCGUGAGGCAGAGCUGGGGGGCAUGAACUGGGCGGAGCACUUUGCCACGGAGGUCUUCUCCGGUCUUGAGGGCGUAGAGCUGGAGCCGGACUUGGAGUGCGCCGACAUCUAUGUCUACCGCUCGAAGGUCCCGGUGAACUUCGGGGGCGUGCUGAUCUUCGUGGACGGCGAGCGCUCGCCCGAGGACAGCCUCCAGGAGGGACUGCUGCGGAGCUAUCCGGCCUCCAUCGUGGUGGGUCCUCUCCCCGCGGGAGGCCUUGCGGACUUCUUCCCCGUACCCGCCGCGUCCACCUCCUUUGCAGCGCGGCUCAUGCACACGCCCAUGGCGCUGACGCGUCCGCGGACUGUGGAGGCGCUCGCUCGGCCGGGCUUUGUGGCGUACCUGGUCUAUCGCUGCUACCCACACCGGGAGCACUUCUUCUCGCUGCUGGAAACCGCGGCGCGUGCAACGCCUGGCCUGGGCCCAGUGGAGAGCCUCUCGCGCUGCGGCAAUGCGCCGGAGAGGGAGAGGAGGUCGGAUCGGUACUCAGCCAGCUACUAUGACGACGCGGUGGCGCUCUUCCGCGGCUUCCGCUUCGCCAUGGUCUUCGAGAACCGCUUGUCGCCGAGGUACGUCACCGAGAAGAUUGUGAACGCCUUCCUCAGUGGCGCUGUCCCCAUCUACUGGGGCUCACCGUACGUGAUGAAGCUGUUCAACCCCAGGGCGUUCAUCUACGUGAACGGCUUCAUCUCCUUCGAGGCUGCAGUGGCGCACGUGCUGCGUGUGGCGCAAGAUGCGGAGCUCUACCGGAGCUACGCGGAGGCGCCGGUGUUGAGGAACACCUCGGCAUGGGCCUUCUCCUGGCACAGAGAUGCCCCUCUGCCGGAGCAAACCUCGCUGCGGGAGGCCUUAGCAACGCUGGCGCUGCAGAAGCACCGUGAGGCCUUGCAGGGUGCCCUCCCUGCCAUUGAGCGCCGGCCCUUCGAUUAUGUGGACCUCUUCCCGGCGUGAGAGAUCAGGAAAC